AUGUAUUCCGGACAACCACUACCGUACUCCUACGCGCAAUCCAAUAACAAUGCGCCACCACAACCGGGCUACAUCUCACCGCCAGAGUCGCGCCGGGUGAUCGAGGAUGAAAAGGACAAGGCCGGUUCUCGACAGUCACUGCCUUCCAUUCACGAAGCUCUGGGCAAGGACAACCACCUUCCCUACCCGGCCCCAACCUCCGCUCCACCUCCACAAUCUGGUCAUGUCGCACCACCCGCACAUCUCAUCGGACGCUCAGGCGCCGAAGGUCCGGCUGGCCCUCCUAACCCAUUCUCUUCCAAUGGUCCAGCUUCUGGAUCCCUGAUGCGAGAACCAGGCUACCCUCACCAGAUCCAGCCUGAUGCAUCAAGGAACAGCCUUGGCUCUAUCAACACAACAGAGUCCCGAAACGCCUCACUACACUCCCUCAGUACGGGUAAAUCACCGACGCAAAGUGCAAAGACAGGCAUCACUUCAAUUUCGGGAUCUCAAAACUCCACCUACGAUUACAGCGCGCCUCCCUCCGCCGGCAGCGUAGCUUCUCCAAAUGGCUACGGCCAUUUCCCUCCCAACUAUUCCUUCCCGCAGAGUGGCCCGUCAUACCCUCCUGCGCCUUACGAGAAUCGUAAUUACAUGAGUGCACCCCGUGUGGAAGAAGUCAAAGGUGGAUUUGUGGGCCGACCAAUGCCUCAACCCCAUAGUGACUCGGUGAAGCGACAUCUAGACGUAUUUGAUGUGGAGACGUCUCUUAAUGAGAUCGUCGAGCUGAGCACACGAACAAUGGAGUUUUCACGACAUUACGCCGCGCGAGCUCAUCAAACACAACGGUCUGGGCCAGUUAUGGGCUCGCUUCCCUCGUUGAACGAAGUGGAGGAUAUUCUCCACAUGCAGCGUCGGAACCAAGAUGCUUUAAUCCGGAUACGAACAGCCGUUGUGAACCAGGAACAGGCACUAGCGGAGAUGGCCCAGCGCAAAGCGUAUAAACCUGAAGACGAACAUAUGACUGGGACCAUGUACCAGGAAGACUUCAAGGGCGUGGGUGGAUUCGCUGGGGCAGACUCAAAGAAACGACGUGGUAAAGCGGCCCCUCCUGGUCGUUGCCACAGUUGUAACCGAGCCGAAACACCAGAAUGGCGUCGGGGUCCAGAUGGUGCCCGAACGCUGUGUAACGCAUGUGGGCUGCACUACGCCAAGCUGACACGCAAGAUGGGCGCCAACAAGGCGGCAUCCUUGGGAUCGAAUUUGAAGCCCAAGUCGGUCCUGGACUCCGCCUCGCCAACCAGUCAUUAA